GGUUACGAAGCACUUUCGCGCCGCGAUUUCUGCUUAGUCAUUGUCUUCCAGGAAGCGCUGCCUCAGUUGGGAGCCAACUCUCCGCGGCGGCCGCAGCAGCCGGAGCCGCAGCAGCCGGAGCUGCAGCCCCGGUGCGUCCUUCCUCCCGGGCCGCCGCCGCCGCCGCCGCCGCCGCCGGCCUCCCCGGGCCCGAGCGCAGGCCGAGCUCCCGCCGCGCGGGGCAGGCAACCGCGCGCCCGGCUCUCCCGCCUCGGGGCGCCGUGUCUGCGGGGCGGCCUCCCUCCCCGCCGGCGGCCGCGGCCAUGGGCACCGACAGUCGCGCGGCCGGGGCGCUCCUGGCGCGGGCCCGCACCCUGCACCUGCAGACGGGGAACCUGCUGAACUGGGGCCGCCUGCGGAAGAAGUGCCCGUCCACGCACAGCGAGGAGCUUCGAGAUUGCAUCCAAAAGACCUUGAAUGAAUGGAGUUCCCAAAUCAGCCCUGAUUUGGUCAGGGAGUUUCCAGAUGUCUUGGAAUGUACUGUACCUCAUGCAGUUGAAAAGAUAAGUCCCGAUGAAAGAGAUGAAAUGAAAGUUUCUGCAAAACUGUUCAUGGUAGCAUCAAAUUCUUCAUCAUCAACUAAAAAUGCAGUUGACAUGGCCUGUUCAGUCCUUGGAGUUGCACAGCUGGAUUCUGUGAUCAUUGCUUCACCUCCUACUGAAGAUGGAGUUAAUCUUUCCUUGGAGCAUUUGCAGCCUUACUGGGAGGAAUUACAAAACUUAGUUCAGAAUAAAAAAAUUGUUGCCAUAGGUACCUCUGAUCUGGACAAAACACAGUUAGAACAGCUGUAUCAGUGGGCCAAGGUCAAACCAAAUAGUAACCAAGUUAAUCUUGCCUCCUGCUGUGUGAUGCCACCUGAUUUGACUGCAUUUGCUAAACAAUUUGACAUACAGCUAUUGACUCAUAAUGACCCAAAAGAACUGCUUUCUGAAACAAGUUUUCAAGAAGCUCUUCGGGAAAGCAUCCCUGACAUUCAAGCACAUGAGUGGGUGCCACUGUGGCUACUGCGAUAUUCAGUCAUUGUAAAAAGUAGAGGAAUUAUCAAAUCAAAAGGCUACAUCUUACAAGCUAAAAGAAGGGGUCCUUAACUAUGACUUAGGAUCAUAACUUACUGACUUGUAUUUUCUUUGACUAUAAGAUAAAAUUGAGAUAUGUAAAAAUCUAUUUACUGUGGUGUCAUUGAGGCAAAUAUUCUUUAGUAAUAUUUGACAUGUUACCUGUCAAGUUUUGAAUACUUCUCUUGCCUCCUAUCACUUAACUCACAUGAACCUCUGUAUUGUUUUCAUUAAACUAUUGUUUUCUAAUUCAAAUCAUCUACAAAGAAAAUAUUUGCAAUAUAUUUUGCCUUUAUUUUUAUGACUAAUAGAAAUUAAGAAUGUUUGUUGUUAGGUAUAUUUUGGCCUACGCAUCAGGAUAAUGUAUAGUAGUAGGUACAUAUUUUUUAUUUCAAAAAAACUCAUUAAUUGCUUCUUACUCUAUAGUAUAACUAAGCAAUUUGGUUACAAUUGUUAAAACUGCUGAAAUACUGGAAGAUAUUUUUCCUGUUGAUAAGAUUAUUAUAUCUCAGAGUAACUGGAGUAGCUGGGAUCUAGUAGUAGUGUAAAUAAAAUUCAUGUCUUCAGUACAUGGAUAGAAACAAUUUUUUAUUAAGUUUACUUAAUAACCUUGCUGGUAGUUUACCUAUAAUGACUUAAAACCUUGUAUUCCUGUGCCAUAUUUUCUCUUGCUGUUAUUUACAAAGACAAACCAAAGUAAAUCUAAAAAGGAGACUAGAAUCACCCCCAAUAAAUUCAACUUAAAAAAAAGAAAAA